UUGAUAAUUUUCAUUUCUAAAAUGGACGUCGAGCAGUAUUAGCGAUAUUUUGUGUGCUCCCUUCGCCGUUCAAUAUCGUAUUUGUGAUAUUCAUUUAGGAAAAGCCGUAUCGUUUUGAAAUAUUGUGAAAUCGUCGUGAAUAUAAAACCUUUUUUGUGUAAGUGCUUAAGUGCGCGUUCUAUCAUAAAGCGUUACAGCUUAAUUUAGUUGGCACAUAAGCCAACAUCGGUUUGCGCGCGAGUAUUAAACGUAGAAACGUCGUCGAAAGUACACAACUCAGACGCUCGGCAUAUAUACAAAAUACGAAUAUUGGCGCUUGUCUCGUAGCAAUUAUUGAUUAUUACUUGUCCGCCUCUGUAAUAUCGCUUGAAUUUAACAUCCUUCACCAUGUCGACGUCGCGCAGACGUGGCGAAUUAAAUCCGAAACUCCAUAUGGAUAGACAGCCGACAGUUGCACGUAUAACAGAUCCUUCAUUACCUGCUGGCAAACGUCGUGAGAUCGAUAACGUUAUGAAAAAGGCACGCGCUAACACCAACGAUUACUGGGACAAAAAAUUGCUUGAGGUGGAGGAAAAAGAUCCAAAUCGCUGGCGUCAUACAGGCUACAAGAAAAUGUAUAUACAAGGUGACAGCAGUUCUGGUGAAAGUGAACGYGAAGGUGGUUUUCGUUAUAAUUCCGCAGCAGGCGGUCCUGCUGGUGGACCUAUUGGUGGCCCGCCACCAAAUAACGUGCGUUAUGGUCGCUCACGUUCACCGCGUUCGCGUAGUCGCUCGCGUUUGCGUAAAUCGCCACCUAUGUCGCCGCAUAUGCGWCGCCGUUCGCCACCCAUGGAUAUGGGUGGACGUCGUAUGUCUCCACCUAUGGACAGUAUGCGCGGUCGUCCGCGUUCGCCACCACCACGUGGUGGUGUGCCGCCGCGUUCGCCUUCUGAUAUGGGUCGUGGUCGUAUGCCCUUGCUGAGCGGUGCUGGUGGUGGCAAUAAUCGUCCACGUUCACCACCCGAACCGCCAAUGCGUCGCAAGCCGUCGCGUUCGCCACUWGGUAGGCGGCGCUCACCACCUAGCAUCAGUCGCCGGCGUUCGCCGCCACCCGUUGCACCCAAUAAAAGGGGACAAAUAUUGCCGCGUUCAAAGCGCCCACCGUCGCCUCCACCGCGGAAUUCAUGUCGCUCGCGUUCGAAUAGUUCGGUUAGUAGCUGCUCGGAUGAUUCUUGUUCAGUUUGCUCACCCAAACAUCACAAUAGAUCACGGUCUCAAUCUAUACCGCGUGCGCGUAUACCAGGUCCGCGUUCUCCGCCGCCAAAAGCAUCGUCGCGUUCGCUGCAAUAUCGUGGUGGACAACCACCACCGAACGGUCACACUUCGUCACGUAUGCACGCGCGUCCGUCGUCACCACCACCACAACCAAAUGCGCGUUCCGUUGAUAAAUAUCGCGAUGACAAGGUUCGUCGGUAUAGUCAUGACCGCAGCAUGGAUCGCGUGCCAACAGAUGGUCGYCUGAAACUUGUCCGUACGGGUCGGCAUUCACCGAAUGAAGAUCUACGCGUAAAGAAUCGUCCGCCAGAGCCACCAGAGCCAGCUACAACUUCUUCAUCAGCAACAGUUGCUGUCUCCAAGAAAAAGAAGAAGGACAGAGAAAUACGUACACGCAUUAAAAUUGAAGGUGAAAAACGUAAGAAGCACUCAUCGUCAGAAUCCGAAGAUUCUGGUGGCUCGGAUAGUGAUAGCUCAUUGCCGACAUUUAUUGCCGCCACCGGUUUGACACUAUCCGAACGCUUUGGCAAAAUGGCACAAUGGAGUAUUGAUCGCAGCAAUAUGGAAAAUAUGCGUAUAACCAAAGACUCUACCGGUGGAGCUUUGAAAGUUAUGAUCGAAGAGGGUCUCGARUCGCCACCGCGUCGUUACUCGUAUUCACCAGCUCCGGCUGGUCAUUUUCCGGAAGAACUUGCGACCACAGCACCGUCGGGUAUGCUGUCGUGGGAUGAUGUACGCGUACGUUACGAAUACUACAAGAGUCGUGGCUAUCUGCGCGAUCUAGAUUUGAAGGACUACAUAAAAUGGGAGGAAUGGUGGUAUAAAUAUCAAGAAUGGUUGAAACAAGAACGCUAUUAUGAAUAUUGGGAACGUCAACAAAUGGCGCGUCGUCGACGUAAGAAGCUACCCAUUACGCAGCGUCUAAAUUAGGUACUGACCCCUUUCUUGUAUUCAUUCGUUUCAUCGCAGAUUAAGAAGUUGUUUUAGAACAUGUAACGUGCACACAAUUGCGCUAAAUGAAAGCGAAAAAAGCAUCAACAUAUGCCACCUACGGUUGU